AUGGCUAAUUCCCAAGAAGUUGAGGUUCAGCAUGUCGCUAGCAGCGGUGCAUCUGAUAAAGUCCCAGUUGCUGGCAACGAGAAGACACUUGGCGCCGCUGUCUACAACAGCUCGCAUGGCAGCCUCGACGAUAUCAAUCGACAAGCUCCCACGCCUGACGAAGUAGCAACUCUCCGCCGUGUCCCUGGAAAGGUUCCGUGGAUUUCUUUCUCUAUCGCCUUCGUCGAGUUGUGUGAACGAUUCUCCUACUAUGGAACCAUUAUCGUGUUUGUCAACUUCAUACAGCGGAAAAUGCCUGAGGGCUCUACGACUGGUGCUGGUGGUACUGAUCGCACUCCUGGUGCAUUGGGCUUGGGACAACGAGCUUCCACUGGUCUAACUCUAUUCAAUUCCUUUUGGUCCUACAUCAUGCCACUGCUUGGUGCUUAUGUUGCUGAUGAACAUCUGGGUCGCUUCAACACGAUCAUGUACUCGAUUGGUAUUGCGCUCGUCGGACACACAAUUUUGAUUAUAUCAGCAAUUCCACCUGUGCUCAAAAAACCGAACAGCGCUAUUGGCUGCUUUGCGGUUGGUCUCGUCAUCAUGGGAAUUGGAACUGGUGGCUUCAAAUCCAACAUUUCCCCUCUGAUUGCAGAACAGUACACAGAAGAAUACAUGUAUAUCCAAACGACAAAGAAAGGCGAGCGUGUGAUCGUGGAUCCCUCCGUCACUAUUUCCCGAAUCUACCACUAUUUCUAUCUCAUGAUCAACAUCGGAGCCCUCAUUGGUCAGAUAUCCAUGGUUUACGCCGAGAAAUACGUUGGCUUCUAUCUUUCAUUCCUCCUCCCCACUUUCAUGUUUUGCCUAUGUCCAAUGGUUCUCUUUCUUCUACGCAACAAAUAUAGUCGCAGAAAGCCAGUUGGUUCAGUGUACGGCAAAGCCUUCAGGGUAUGGAGACUGGCCACCAAAGGCGUCGUAUCAUGGAAUCCUGCGAGAACAUACCGCAACAUUAAAGACCCGGAUAAGUGGGAAAGAGCGAAGCCAAGCAACAUUACUAACAAGCCAGUCUGGAUGACAUUUGACGAUGCGUGGGUUGAUGAAGUCCGUCGUGGUAUCAAAGCAUGCGCUGUCUUCCUCUGGUACCCUCUUUUCUGGCUCUCCUAUAACCAGAUGUUGAACAAUCUCUUGUCCCAAGCCGCCACAAUGGAGCUCAAUGGAGUACCUAACGACGUCGUCACCAACCUCAAUCCCUUCACUCUCAUUCUAUUCAUCCCACUCCUCGACAGAUUUUUUUACCCGACUCUCCGAAAGUUUGGCAUCAAGCUUACUCCAGUGAAGCGCAUCACCAUCGGCUUCAUGUUAGCAGGUUCCGGGAUGAUUGCCGCCACAGUCAUCCAGCACUACAUCUACAAACUUGGGCCUUGCGGGAAACAAGCAAAUGAAUGCGCUGCCAAAAAUAUCCCGGCACCCAUCUCUGUCUGGGUACAAACCGUCCCCUAUGUCUUGGGUGGUAUUUCCGAGAUCUUUGCCUCUGUCACUAGUCUUGAGUAUGCCUUCACCAAGGCACCCAAGAACAUGCGUUCCCUCGUCCAAGCCGUGGCCCUAUUCAUGAACGCCUUUUCUUCUGCCCUCGGCCAAGCUCUCGUCGGUCUCUCUGAGGAUCCCUUGCUCGAGUGGAACUAUGCCGUCACCGCUAUCCUUGCUUUCGUCGGUGCCGCCGGCUUUUGGUUCACCAACCGCGGUACCGAUAAAGAGGAAGAUGCGCUCAACAACUUGCCAAAUGGUGACUGUGAAGCACACACCAAUGAUCUUGAACGUAAGCUUGGGGAUAACUAG